AUGGAUAAUAUAAAACGAAGACAUUUAACUUCUUAUCGAAAAGAAGGAUAUGAACCAGUUCUCAAAUUCGAUGACAAAGAUUUCAAAACUAAAGAACCAAUACAAGUAUUCUCUAAUUCAUUUACUUUCUCUAUCAAGUUACAAAAGAAUCUAGCAAAAACUCGAGCUUUUUACAAUAAAUAUUACAAUGUAAUAGUCCCUCUAGUUUUCACUUUCUUAUCUUUUUGGUCGAGAUUUUAUUUAAUUUCACUUUCGGAUAUUGUAAUGUGGGAUGAGGCACAUUUUGGCAAUUUUGCAUCACGUUAUCUUAAGCGCGAAUUUUACUUUGAUGUGCAUCCACCUCUUGGUAAAAUGAUAGUUGCAUUAGCAGGACUGCUUGCCGGAUAUGAUGGAUCAUUUUCAUUUGAACCUGCUACUAAAUAUCCGGAAAAUGUUAAUUAUACAGUUAUGAGAUUGUUUUUGGCGUCGUUUGGAGCGGGGAUGGUUCCUUUGGCCUAUUAUACAACCAGUGAAUUGCGUUUUUCAAGUCAAGCCGUUAUUCUAGUAACUUUGAUGGUAUUGCUAGAUACAGCUUAUAUUUGCAUUAGUCGUUUUAUUCUUCUGGAUUCGCUGUUAUUAUUCUUCACAUAUACAACCGUAUUUUGUUUGGUCAAAUUUCACAAUCAAAUAUACAAACCUUUUUCAACCAAUUGGUGGAUAUGGCUUUUCAUGACUGGAAUUUCUAUAGGUUGUGUCUCAAGCGUCAAAUGGAUCGGAUUAUUUACAACAGCACUGGUUGGAUUAUAUACAAUUGAAGAUCUCUGGAAUAAAUUAGGAGAUUUGGACAUAUCGAAGGUAGAUUAUCUAAAACAUUGGGUAGCGAGAAUUAUAUGUCUCAUAAUUCUCCCUAUAUUGAUAUAUGUGACAUGUUUUGUUAUCCAUUUCUCAAUUCUUACCCAUACUGGACCUGGAGAUGCUCAAAUGAGUUCUCUCUUUCAGGCUGGUCUUAUUGGAAACAACUUUUUGGAAAGUCCUCUUGAGUUGGCGUAUGGAUCAAGAUUAACCCUUAAGAAUAUGGGAUUUGGCGGUGGACUUUUGCAUUCCCAUAUUAAUCAAUAUCCCGGAGGAUCAGAACAACAACAAGUAUCUUGUUAUCAUCAUAAUGAUAUUAACAAUGAUUGGAUGAUACUGAAACCAAGAAAAGAGCAAAUGUACAAUAAUAUCACUGAGGUCGAAUUUGUAAAUAAUGGAGAUACUAUUAGAUUAUUACAUCUUAAUACCAGAAGAAAUCUACACAGUCAUGAAAUUGCUGCCCCUGUAACCAAUGUACAUUUCGAAGUUAGUGCUUAUGGUAAUGAAACAUUGGGAGAUGAUAAUGAUUAUUGGGUGAUUGAAGUUGUUAGUGAUACAAAUACAAAAACAAAUCGUAUUCGAACAUUAACGACUAGUAUAAGACUUCGUCAUAAAGUAAUCGGGUGUUAUCUCCGGUCUGCUAAUAGAGUAUUGCCAGAAUGGGGAUUUAGACAAAUUGAAGUGACUUGUGAUAAGCGUAACAAUGCAAAGGAUAUUUACACUCAUUGGAAUGUUGAACGACAUUGGAAUGAAAAGUUACCACUUGGUAGUAAAGUUAAUUUUAAAUCAAAAUUUCUACACAACUUUUGGCAUUUAAAUGUCGGUAUGUAUACCGUAAAUAAUGCACUAAUUCCUAAUCCCGACAAAGAAGAUUCCAUUUCAUCCUUGCCAAUACAAUGGCCAAUAUUAGAAGUUGGACUUAGAAUGAGUGAAUGGGCAGAUGACAAGGUUAAAUUUUUUUUACUUGGAAAUCCAAUUGUGUGGUGGUCUGGAACUGCUUCUUUGGUAUUAUUUUUCUGUUUAUUAUUCUGGUAUUCAGUGAGACAAAAAAGGAAGUAUAUUGAAUUUUCACCAGCCGAAUGGAUACAUUUCUUGUAUAUUGGUAAAAUUUGCGUAAUUGGAUGGUUAUUACAUUAUAUACCCUUUUUUAUAAUGGGAAGAGUUACAUAUUUACAUCAUUAUUUUCCCGCAUUAUAUUUUUCAAUCUUAAUGGCAGGAUUUAUAUUUGAUCAUUUUACCGUGUAUUGUAAUUUACGGGCAAAGAAGAUAAUAUUUGGUAUAAGUUAUGCAUCCAUUAUAAUUGUAUUUUGGUACUUUAAAGAUAUAGCAUACGGAAUUAAUUAUCCUUCAAGUAAAUUGAAAGGUAGAAAAUGGCUUAGUACCUGGGACAUUGUAAAUUAG